CUUGCAUAAACUUUUAGAGGGAAGGAAAUUAUUUAGCCGGUGUACACUGUACUUGCGUGAUAGAGUGCAUGGACAAAACAAUAUUUUUAGAGUGAUAAACGUAAAAGAUCGUAAUUACUAUAGUCCAAAAUGAGCAAAGCACAUCCACCGGAGCUCAAAAAAUAUAUGGAUAAAAAGUUAUCUCUGAAAUUAAACGCGGGACGGCAUGUCACCGGCAUAUUGAGAGGUUUUGAUCCAUUCAUGAACAUGGUUAUAGAUGAAACUGUAGAGGAAUGCAAGGAUGGCACCAAAAACAACAUUGGUAUGGUGGUAAUUCGUGGAAACAGUGUCAUAAUGCUAGAAGCUUUAGACCGAAUAUGAUUUGUGCUAUUAAGACUUAAGCUACUCUCAAUAUUAAAGUAUAUAUAUAAGUAUAUAUAUACUUUUAUAUGAAUAAACAAACUUUUGUAUAAAAUAUAUAGAUGUUUUGAUCCUUAAACUUUUAUAUAACAAAU